AGAGAGAGAGAGAGAGAGAGAGAGAGAGAGAGAGAGAGAGAGAGAGAGAGGGAGAGAGAGUAAUAUUACGCACGACGUGUACAGGUGUAUAACGCGCAAGUGGAGAAAGAGAAGAAAGAAGGAACGAAAGCGGGAGAAAAGAAAAAGAUAGACGUGCGACGGGCUCUUGCAGAAGAGUAGGGGGAGGGGGCGGGGAAUUCGAUAAGAUAGUUAUGCUGGAGGGUACUGCGGAGAAUCAAUCACCCCAAAGUGCCUUAACCCAGCCACUGUCUGUGCCAACAUUCACUCGUUUUGUUCAUCAACUGUGUGCGUGCGUGUGUGUCUGUGUGUCCGUGUGUCUGUGCAUAUGGGAUUAACUCUCUCAUAUCAAACGUACGAAAUACAACACAUCGUGAGUAAUCAAAUGAGAUAUUUAAGCGACUAAAUAAUAUAUUGUAACACGUACACUAUAGACACGUGCCACACAUCCACACACAUACAUACAUACAUAUAUACACACAUAUAUACAAAAGUACACACUUAUACACGAUAUGCAAUAUUAUAAUAUAAAAAACGAAAGCUAUAUAUUAAAUUAAUAUUAUUUUAUGAAACUGUACAUAGACCUAUAUACGACUUAAGAAUAUUUUACGACGUAACUUUGUGGCCACUGAGAAAAUUAUCGCUAUAAGAGAUAUACAUACAUUUUAAAAUUUAGGAACAAUCGCGCGCAUGCGAAAUGUUGCCAAACUCCUCGUGCCACGAGGAGAGGUGAGAAAUCUUCAAGGUCCAACUACCUGUCUGCAUUCGUAAGGUAAAGAUUUAACAAUAUUCACUCGCCUAUUGUUCGGCAGGAUAAGUCUAUAGUAGCGGUAAUCCCCGUCAAAAUCUCGCCGCGAUCCACAAUGCCAAAUUUUUCAACGACGUAUUAAUAAUGAUAGGUGUUUGAAGGAAAGAGUGAUACGUAAGAAAAUGAAUAUUGCAAUGUAUAAAUGAGACGAUAUACGAACAUAUUAGUCUCCGUGUAUUUACGACCGAUAGUCCUUCUUCUUCAUCUUAGUCUCUCCCUACGGAGACGAAUUUUGCGUUAGUGGAAUUUACACGCGAAUUAUUUUUGCAGAUUUUAUUUACUCGUCCAUUGCGUAUCCGCAAUCUUAUGUACAUGUAUGUAGAAAAUCGGGUAGCGACAAUAGAGAAGCAGAGAGCGUUUAUUAUUAUUAUUAUUAUUGCUAUUAUUAUAUUAUUAUUAUUAUUACUACUAUCAUUGUUAUAACUAUCGCUCCCGUUUGUCUAUCCAUAUUGUCAGAGUAGAGAACGAAUACGUAACGAGCCAACUACCGAAAGAAAGAAAGAAACUUUUGUAGACUCGAUCAAUACUCGUUAGAUCUGCCCGAAACAAUCUUGUAUUCGCAUCUUGUGUAAUAAAUAGUGUUGUAAUAAUAAUAUAUAUACAGGCAUACCUUACAGAAAGAAGUGAUGUUAAGAGAGUAUGAAUUUCAGCUUUCACUUAAUCGCGCGUGUCUUUUUAUUUUGUUGCAUCAGCUUGCAAGGAGACGCAUUAAAGGCGAUCCGAUUGUUUCGUAUGAUUGAUCCAUUGUUACACUAAUGCAUUAAAUCUGUCAGGGACCGUCAGUAGGCUCCCUCGAUUUAUCCAGUUUAUCUGUAACGUAAUAAGUGAAGCUGAAAGUUGUUGCAAUACUCAAGAAAAAAAAUAUCGAUCUGCAAGAGCGUUCGAAGUAAUCAUCUCAAGUGAGUCAUCGAGAUUCUUGUUUUCUGUUGAUUCUUGACAUAUUAAACUCUGCGUCAUCCGCGUACUCGUCGAGCGGAGGACAAAAUGCAUUUAAGUGUUCAGAGCACGGGUAAGGAUGAGGAGAUCCUUCAGUUUUGUAACAUCGAUAUUUUUUUUUACUAACAUUACGCUUAUAACAGAGUUUGAUAAUUCGAAUGCGUAAUAUCUAACGGAUAUAUAAUGAGCGAAAAGUGUAUGUACAUAGAUGUUUACUGCCAUCCGUGCAUCAACGUUACGCAUCAUAAUACGUUGAGUUAUGGUACGUCGCGUAAAUGUGUAAGAUGGCAAGGAAUCUCUUUCAGUGGCAAUUACGUCACGUUCGAUAUCGCGCUCACAACGCAGCCGAACAUGAAAAAGCAUAGGGAGAAGAAUUUCAGUAGAGUUCGCGGAUGUUUGGUGUAGCAGUGGAGCAAUCGAUUGUUAUAUGUCAUUUGUCACUUUUACGCCUUGUUGUUUUAUUUCUUCUUCUUCCCCUGAAGCAGUCAGUCGUAUCUUUUUAUAACCUUAAUACAAAGUGUAUCAAACACAUACACACACACACACACGCACACACAUACACAUGUGCACACAAACACGUCUAUAUCUCCCUUAAUUGUCUUGACAUUUAAAAACUGAUUAUACAAUAAAUAACGACUGAUUUGUAAUACGUAACACACGUGAGCGUUUGUAGCGUGAUUCCUUGCCCCGAAGUGAAUAAAGAAAUGUAUUUCGCCUGAGAAUAUCCAUCGAUCAUCAUCCUGACGAGCCGAGUUGAGUAAUUAAGCACCAUUAACAAGUAAGAGAGUUAUUUCGCGCGAUACUUUGUCCACGCUCCGUGCCAGAUCUCUCGAUUCCAGAACGGCAAAUUUGCUCGAAGGGAUAUGGCUGAUGUGACAAUCAGUGAGUGAUUAUGCGAAUAUAGUAUAUCGAAUAUUUUAUACAGUGUGUUUGUGUGUGUAUAUAUGCAUUUUAAUAUUAGUUAGAAGUGCUUCGUCAAUAUUAACCGACUAUACACUAACCGACAGAACAGCUUUAAUACGUAACAGAAUCAUUAGAAUUUUCUAGUCUAUCAUGCAUAAUUGAUUUAUUACUUAUUGAUUAUUCAAAGAAACGAGUACGAUAUGUCAGAUCGUGACUUGUCAUUACAAGUCAUCACGAUGACUUUGCAUUAAUGACGUUUAGAAACGAUACAUCAGUUCUGUCGAAUAAUGUACAAUCAACGCACAACUCGUAUCCGCGUCUUAUUAUAUCCGCUGAAACCUUGACGCUCCACCUUAUCUUAGAAAUAGACUUCAGUAAGACGCGUUAAAUAUGCCCGCGAGUGAGAUUUUCUCUUAGGACGCGGCUAAUUACGCCUUCAGAAACUUAUUCUUUUCAUAUCUUCAGAAAAUUAUCCCUCUCAUGCCAUACCAAUGACACAGAGAAAAAAGGAGCCUUCGCUCAAGAGUUGCAAGGAUACUCCUCUCUUCCCACGACGACGCAUUCCGUCGCGUGCCUAUCGCAGGAAAGAAACGCAGCUACCUGCUGCGCAUGCUGCGAACACUGCAGCAGGUCCAAGCCGUGGAAGCGCUCGACGAUAGUAAUUUGCGCAAGUAACACCGACGUUAAACGCUAAACGAUUCACGCGAUCCCCACAUUUGUAAAGACUUGUAAAGACCUUGCAUUUCCUGAGCAGAUGUCAAAUGGUCAACCGCAGCAAUUACGGGAGACCAUGCGGGUCUACCUGAUAAGGACCCAAGUAGAAGAGGCUGUGACGGAGGAUAAGCAGGCGAGUCUGACGCAGCGUCUAACCAUGAUCGGCAACACAUUCGACGCUCUCAUUCAGUACACGCAAUCCCUGAAAGUAGUAUCGUGUCUCACCGUGGAUCGAGUGCUCGACGCGAGUCACGCUCUGCUCGCGCUUUGUCCCGUUUCCGGCGCGAAUCGCACAGACGAGGAUUUCCUGUUGUGCCGCAGACAAGUAGCUAUCGAGGCGGAGAAGAGAAUGUCGAGUUUGCGAGAACUAAUCGAGUGUUGCUCCGGUAACGUGGUCCCACCCGAGAACACGUGCACGUUGCUGGACAGUCACAUGGACAGGAGGAGAGACUUUCUCGUCGCAUCAGCGAAUUUCGAGAAUCUGCUCGAAAACCCGAGACUGUCGGUGUCGCGGAUGGAGAAGCUCCAUCGGCAGCACAACGCGAUUCUGGAGGACCUGCGGCAGAGCAGGCGGCUGUUGGACGCGGAAUUGCCGAGUAUCAUUAAUUUGUACGUAACGAGCGAGAGACAAGUCGAGCAUUCGUCAAAAUGUACGUUGUACAAAAUAGGCGAUUGCAGUCUCUGCAGCAGAUUUUCAACAAGCUCGCGGAAUUGUGCGAGGACGCGGGUGACAGCGUGCAUAUCGUGGGUCUGUUUAAAUUAAUCGCGAUGAAUCUGUGCCAAGUGACUCCGGAUGCAGGUGAGCACGGAUUUUCAGAAGGAAUUUGUCAGGUGAAUUGUACGGAAUGUUUGAUGAAACGUCGUUAUGAUUGAAGACGAAAGAAGAUAAAAUCAAAUUCCAAAUUUGUACGACUUUUUACAUCUUUUUGAAAAUUGUCUACGAGAUUUUAACGUUGAAUUACAAUUAGCUGCCAUAAUGCGAUAAUUUUCGCUUACUAUCCGAAAUUUGCUGUACAUCUAGGAGAAAGUGCGUUUUACAAGGAAGAAGCGAGUAAAGAAUUGUGCCAAAAAUGUCAAGCGAAUUGCACGGACAAGAAAUGAUCAACAACGCUGGAAAUACAGCUUGUACAACUGUUAAUUAAUUAAGGAAUCGAAUUACGUCUCAGGAAUCUGUCGCAAUUAUAGGCUUCGCGAAGCCAUACAUUCUAAACUUAAUCCUCUCGUCCAACGAUGGCAGUGGUUUAUGCGAUAUGCGCUUUCCUCGAUAUGCUGAAGAAGCGUACGUGAACUCGACAAAAUGUAGGGAAAAGAAACAUCGAUGGAACUUACUAAAUUAAUGAUACAACUUUCAUUUGGAAACAGACAAGAAUUGCUUGUUCCAAUAAAAAUCGUACGACAGUCAAAGCAGUGAGAUAGAUCGUCAAAAUUUCAAAGUAAAUAAGUAUUCGCAUUAUCAGUCGAGUUGCGUAAUAACGGUAUAAACGGAAAAUGAGGAGGCAGAAGGUAAAAUUGUCACAACUAAAAAUUCCAACUAAAAAUGGCGGUGAAAGAACGAGCUAGAUACGCAAGAAGAACAACAGUAAAAGACAAGAGAUAACACACGUAAUCCAGAAAUUGUAUGUUGUCAGGAAAUCGAGAUCGAUCGCCGAAGUUCUCGUGUUUGCAAGACGAAUAUUCAUUUUUUAUUCGCGAGUUCGAGGAUAAACUCUAUCGAAAAGAGCGAAUUCCACAUUUCAAGCGUCAUUCAUAUAAAAAUCGCCGCGCCGAUACGUCGCGUCACGUGAUUCGCUCGGUAAGGUAGGACACGCGGCGAUCGACACGACUGCAGCGCCACUCGCUACGGCGGCGGCAGCAACGCCGUUACGUUCUCCGUACCUCCUCCCCGGCGGGUGGCGGCCGCGCCUCCUACUCGCCGAUUUUAAUCUCGUUAGCGGACACGUGCGCGCCCCCCGCGCCCUACGGUGCUGGUGAUACGCGGAGGCAGCCACGAGCGAACCGGGAGCCGUUGGCCGUGGGUGCCGUGUCGCGGGGCUUCGUCAAUCUGGUUUGGUCUAACAGGAUUCCACGGCUUGCGCGACGCUUCAUAAAGGCUGCGCGCCGGACGGGCGCGGCGCGUGUCGCAAGGAGGAGUUGCUCCGCUCGAGAGGUGUGGGCGCUCGUGCAGCAGCAGCAGCAGCAGCAACCAGCGGUAACGGCAGUAUACAUAGCACACGUACACACACAUACACACACACACACGCACGUACACACACACGGACACAGCAGUAAAACGAGAGCGAGAGAGGAGGUAGAAGCGACGAGGCAUCGCGCGCAUCGUGUCGGACCUUCGCGAUCCGACACGUCGUCGUGAUCGUCGUGCUCGUGGUCGUCGUCGUCGUCGUGACCACGCGCGUCGUGCCGCGGUCGUCUCGUGGUCAAUCCUCGUGUCAAUCAGUGUGUUGGAACGGUAACAGCAGAGCGCCAGCGACAGCAGCAGCGGCGACAGCUUUUCGCGUGUGCCAGGAGAAAGAGCGCGACAGAGGAAGAAGCGGUGGCCGCGCGAGCGAGACAGAGGAAGCGAGCAAGAAAGCGAGCAAAGGACGGCGGCCGCGCGCGCGAGAAGGAGCGACAGAGAGAGCGAGAGUGAGCUUCGAGGGGGAUAGAUAGAGCGAGGGAGAGAGAGAAGGAGCGAGAGUGAGAGAGGGAGACGAAGCGCCGGUGGGUUACCACACCCAACACCGCGCGAGCCGGGGAGCCGAUCGCGAACGUCGCCGCUACGCUUGCUCUCUCUCUCGAGAGCUCUUUCUAGCAGCCGCGCGCGGUGCGUGUAGUACGCGGUGCGAACGAACGUGCGCCACCCAGGCUCCUCCGUUGUCACCCGGGUGGGUGACGUGCCAUCGUGCUUCCGUAGCGUAGUCAAGUGUCCGCGCGCCGGACUCUACUCCGCGGCAAGGAGAGAGAGAGAGAGAGAGCGGCAGCACGAACGAACAACAACCGGGAGGAAGUGUAAGGGGGUGUGGAGAGAAGUGCGUGAAGAAGCGAGUGAGCGAGAGAGAGAGAGAGAGAGAGAGAGAGAGAGAGAGAGAGAAGAACGAAGAGCAAGAGGACGGUACAGAAAGAGAGAGAGAGAGAGAGAGAGAGACAGACGGACCUCGCCCUCCGCGGGGGAACGUCCGUCGUGAACGACCGCGGUUACAGAGAGCGUUCGACAGACCGACACAUCGUGCCGCGUUCGUGUUCGUGGGAAAGGCAAACGUGCGCGUCCCAGUGAUUACAUGUGUGUACGCGUGUGUCGUGCGUGAGUAAUAGAGAGACAGAGAGAGGAGAGUGCACGAUAUACACAGGUAUAUUUCCAUGUAUAUACACGCACACGCCGAGAGAUUCGCAUAGUGCGCCUCGGCGAUCUCGCGUAUCAAGGCGAGAAACGUGCGUGAGAACGAGCGAACAAACGAGCAAACGAACGAGCCAGCGCGAAACGAUACGUGUGAUAAGAGCGAAGAGAGAGAGAGAGAGAGAAGGAAAGAGUAAGGCAAGGGAAAAGAAGAGACGGACGAAUCGGACCAGACGGAACGCGCGCGCGAUAGAGUAAGCGAGAGAGAAGAAGAGAGAGAGAAAGAGAGGACGAGAAAGAACGAAGAGAAACGAACAAGCGAAAACGGAGCGAAGGAGCGAGCAGUAGAAGACGACAGGCGGCGCGAGGACUCGUGUGCGUGCGCGUAGACGCGCGUUGAUGCGUCGCUGGCGUCGUCGAGCCUCGCCAGGAGCAGCGGCGCUGCGUAGACGCCGCCGUCGUUGAGGGGGAAACACGGGUACGUCGCCGGGGACGUUCCCCCGUCGUCGUCUUCGUCGCCGCCGUCCUCGUCGUCGUCGUCGUCGCCGUCGUCGUGGUGACCGUCGUGCCGGUGGUGAGAGUGGUGGCAGUGAUUGUGCUGGUGGUGGUGGUGGUGGUGAGUUGUUAGAAGUGUGUGAAACGUCGUCGUCGUCGACGUGACCGUCAUCAUCAUCGUCGUCGUCGUCGUCGCCGGUGGAAGUCAUAGCGGUAGUGGGAGCGAGAGCGACAGAGGCACUGCCGAGACGAGAAAGACGGAGAGAGUGGAAGAGGAGAGAGAGAAGACCACGGGGACCACGAGGACGGCGACGAGGCGUCGUCGUCGUCGUCGCUCGUUCGCCGUCGUCGUCGUGGCCGCCGCCACCGCUGUCGCCGUUACCGUAAUCGCGGCGGCGAGAUAAUAUCUGCCUACUUGUCCUCCUGUCUGUCCCUGUCUGACGGAACGACGACUCGUCGACGAACGACACCGUCGUAGGAAACAUCGCAUCGUCGUCGUCGCCGCCGUCGUUGCGUGCGCGAGAAAGGGAGAGAAAAAGAGACAGUGAGAAAGAGAGAGAGAGAGAGAGAGAGAGAGAGAGAGAGAGAGAGAGAGAGAGA